AUGACCAAGGCGAAGCGGCGCGUCGGCCGCCUUAAAUCCACGGUGGUGGCGCAGCCAGGGACAGCGGAACGCACCACAGAUACUACAGUGACACAGGUACCACCAGAACGGCAUACGGAAAACAUUGAAAAGAUGAUGGAGAAUAAGAAAACACCCGUCCCAGCGGUGGUUAAGUCGCCGGAAAAGGAACAGAUUGCAACUAAACCUUGGGUGGAAAUCUUGCAAGGCAAUAGGAAUCUAAAUAGAGGUAUGACUUUCGAGUUCGUCGCACCUCAAAUCAUCAAUGGAGCUGAAAAGAUUGUUAUUGAGGAGUGCGAUGUCACGGAGGAGGUGAACUAUUGGGAUAAUGCAAUCAUUCUCUUCGCGUUGGGUGAAACCCUCUCUAUGCACGCCGUUAAGAAUUUUAUGGAGAAGUCGUGGAAUUUUGUAUCUCUACCGGAACUCUACUUCAACGACGCCGGAUACUUUAUUGUCCGAUUCAAGACACAUGAGGAACAAAGCCAGGUGAUGGAACAAGGGCCUUACUUCAUCUAUGGUAAACCAUUGUUCUUGAAAUACUGGUCUAUUGAUUUUGAGAUAACUUCUGGUUUGCUGCGUGUUCUUCCUAUCUGGAUUACAUUGUCGAAUUUACCUCUGUAUUUAUGGGGAAGCAAGAGCAUCUCUAAGAUAACUAGUGCUGUGGGACGACCCAGUACUACGGAUGAAUGCACAGCUAGGAAACUCAGAAUCUCCUAUGCGCGAGUGUUAGUUGAGGUUGAUAUCACUACACCUAUCAAAGAGACUAUCACAAUUCUGGGACACAAUGGUAAAGAAUGGGAGCAAAAGAUUGAAUACGAAUGGAGACCAAAAUAUUGCCAAACAUGCGUUAAGAUUGGUCAUGACUGCUCAAAUAAGAAGGAGCCUGAACAACAUAAACAGAUAAAGAAAGUCUGGCAGCCAGCCAAGAAACCUGCAGCAGUUAUACAGAAGCCAGAGAAGUGCCCUGAGGAACCAGUUAACGUGACUAGUGAACCUCCUAAGGCUAGACCUGAUGAAGCAUGGACGGUUGUUGGAACGAAUAAGACAGAAAAAGCCAAGAAGAAAAUCAUCUUCACGCCUACUAUUGAGAUGCCAAUAUAG